CAUCCGCAGUCAGUCUGUCACACAGACCAUACGCCCGUCAAGUCUACGGACCGUCAACGUCAGCCAGGCGGAUUUGGUGCGCACACCUCGGCUUGGAUAUACAGGGACCCACCGAUGGAAUUCGGUGUUAUCGAUCUUUUUUUUUAUCAACUCACACAUUUUUCAUUAGAGAAGGUGUGAAUUCCACGUACCCAGGAUUCAGAAAUGUAUUUUCUUCAAGAGAAUAUAUUUAAAAUUGGAUUAAUCAAGGAGAAAAUAAAGUUGAAUAGGUUAAACUAACAAAAGAGGAUACGAAUUCAUCAUUACGCAAUUUGGCGAGUUGUCUUUGGAUAAAGCCUUGCUGAUUUAAUCAGUGUGAACUGAAAGGAAAUAAAGUCCUUUCCCAAAAAUAAAAAUGCAUUUUGGAGUCCAUCACAUCCAGCUCACACUGCUAUUGUCUGCAGCCGUAGCAUCGGUCCAGGUCCCAGAGCCCUACCUCAGCCUGUCUAAUGAGAGAACUUCGAUUGAGAGGACGUAUGAGCUGACCAAGUACCUGGAGCAUCAGCUGAGAGAGAUAAAGGACACCUAUCUAUCCUACCUGGGCCCUCCUUUCAGUGAUCCAGACUUCUCCCCUCCACGGCCCAACAGCACGACCCUGUCCCUGCCCAGCGCCGCCACCCGUCUGGAGUUGUGGCGGGGAUUGGAGAACCGUGCCAGGCUGACCCAGAACCAUAGGGCUUACUCUGUCUUGCUGGGAGCGGUGAGGGAGCUGGCCCGCUCCACCCUCUGUCCCUACCUCCAGAGCUCCCUGCUGCACUUCUCUACAGGCCUGGACAGUCUGUUGGGGUCUAUAUCAAGCCUCAUGAUCACUCAGGGGUAUGCUCUGCCUCCUGCUGGGAUCGAGGCACAGUACCUGCAGAGAGACACAGGGGGCGACAGAGAGGCAAUGGGACGCAGACCAUCUCCACUGAUGAGUCAGGGGCUCUAUAAGGCAGGGGCGGAGGUGGGGCUAAUGAGGCAUCCUCUUGGUGAUCAGAGGGGUGCUGGGACCAUAAGAGGGGCAGUGAGAGGAGAAAAGGAGGAGAGCACCAGGAGAGAAAUGACAGGGAGAGAGGAGAGAGGGGAGCGCGGGAGGAAAGGGAGGAAGAGAGAGGCAGAAGAUUGGGAGGGGGCCACUGAAGACAGGGAAGAGGAGGAAGAGUUGGAGAGAAAGGGAGGGCAGGACAGAAGGGGGAGGAGGCUGCUGAGUGUUUCAGAGGAAGGAGAGAGGACAGUUAAGCAGGGUCCACUGGACUCUGACGCCAGAGUCACUCUGUCCUUUUCAGACAGACAAACCUUCCCCCAACAACAACUCCUAAACAACAAUAACAACAACAACAACAACCUCUACAGCUACAACUUCAACUAUCACCCCCAAAAUAAGGACAGAGCCGGGGGGGAUUCAGAAAACAGGGCGACAGAGGAGGAACAAUACAUCAUCCGAGAGUCUGCAUCCCUCCUCUCCUCCUCUUCAUCCUUCCAUCCCCAGCGCCGAUCCCCUCGCUCCUUAUUCUCCCCCUCUCUCCACCCCCCCCUCUCACCCCUCUCCCUCUUCUACCCGUUUGGCACAGGGCCAGGGGAGGGACACACCCUGUUGUCAGAACCAGUUCCCCUGUCAUUGAGGAGGGGUCCUCCCUUGCUGCCGCCCCCUCCCCUGCCACCUCUUCUGUCCUCCUCCCCUCUGCUGGCGGUGCAGCCGGCGCUGAACGACUUCUCCAGAAAGGUUGAGGGCUUCUGGGUACUGAGGGAACUGCAGAGCUGGUUGUGGCGCUCCGCCAAGGACUUCAACCGCCUCAAGAAGAGACUCAGAGUCUGACAGACUGAUAGAGGAGGGAGGACACACACACACACUCUCUCUCUCUCUCUCUCUCUCUCUCUCUCUCUCUCUCUCUCUCUCUCUCUCUCUCUCUCUCUCUCUCUCUCUCUCUCUCUCUCUCUCUCUCUCUCUCUCUCUCUCUCUCUCUCUCUCUCUCUCUCUCUCUCUCUCUCUCUCUCUCUCUCUCUCUCUCUCUCACACACACACAGUCUGAGAAACUGAGAGAACACACACAGAGACAUACUCACACAUAGAACCUGAGAGUGGGCACAAACACACACACAUUUUCACACAGACAGUGUUGGAAUACCUACCUAGCGCUGAACCACAGCCUGAGCACACAUUGGCUCAUCCGGGGAUGGGAAAUAAUCAAUUGUCUGUCUCUCAGUCUGUGGACAAUAUCAGCACUGUCACCAAUGACAUGACAUCAUGACAUAGCAGGUCAUUGAUCUGCCGUUGGAACUUGUUUACUGGAUGUAACGCCUCACAUACUGGACAUAAAGGUGGUGAUCAAGCAGAUAGACAGUCAUGUCAUUGACUGAGAGCUGAUUCAGAACAGCAGUGAAUCACUAGACAUUCAUCUUCGCCUAGGGAGGAAAAGAGAGUUAUGAAUGGAGAGAGACAGAGGGAAGAAGAGGAAGGAGAAAUGGCAGGAUGGAGAGAGGGUAGAAAGAGAGUGAGUGGGAGAAAGGGGGUGUCUGAGUCAGGGGCUGACAGUUGGAGUCUGGGCGGUGGGGGUUGCUGAGUAAUCAGAAAUCUGCAGACACUUACAGUAAACACUGCAUAGACACCCACCGGACACACACAGUACAGACCCAUUUCCAGGCGUACCAGUAAUUUGUGAAUUGGCCAACUGUUUUUACAGUGAGUUGUUGACACUUUUAGCUUUGGAAUGGGCAUCUCAGCUUUUCCCCGCCGCUUGUUUCAGCCAAAUGCAAAACAAAAGCCCCUAAGCUUGGCAUAGUGGGGUUUUCUAUCAACUGCCUUGUGUCUUUACACAAGGACCUGUACAGUAAUGUCCAACAGUGUGUAUGUAUAGAGUUUAAGAUUAGAUUAUAGCUGUGAUAUUUAUUGAACAAGAUGUUGUAUUUAUUUUCUUGUGUGAAUACUGUCCUACGUCAUGUUGGAGAUGGAAGAGAAUCAAAUAUGAGUUGUUGUACUGAGAUGAAUGCUAUUGGUCAUUUAGGGAGGGGUGUUUGGGGAGUGAGGUUGUUUUUGAACGUUAUGGUUUUGACUGUGUUGGUUUGGGUGAGGGGUACAACUGAAAGAUGUGGAGGGGGGGGGGGCAUUUCCCAAAACAAAGAGCGACUCACAUUCAUCACAAACAAGAGGGGAAUGAAGGUUUUAUUUGUCUGUCUUGACAAAAUUUACGAUGUCUCUUUUUCUUUCAUCUCUCCCCUCCCCCCAUCCCUCACUACUCCCUUUCUGUUCUCCAUCCUAUUAUCUCACGCAUCUCGCCUUCCCAAAAAUAUCCCUGGAACCUGCCUCGUAACAGACAGAGCUUAGGAACAUAAACACACAGGUACAAACACAACCCUUAAACACGUCCACCUUCACCCCCUCUGUUUCUUUCAGUUUCUCUCUCUCUCUAACUCUCUCUUCCAUUUCCCUCACACAGUUUCUCUCUCUCUCUCUAACUCUCUCUUCCAUUUCCCUUACACAGUUUCUCUCUCUCUCUUUAACUCUCUCUUCCAUUUCCCUUACACAGUUUCUCUCUCUCUCUUUAACUCUCUCUUCCAUUUCCCUUACACAGUUUCUCUCUCUCUUUAACGUCUCUUCCAUUUCCCUUACACAGUUUCUCUCUCUCUCUUUAACUCUCUCUUCCAUUUCCCUUACACAGUUUCUCUCUCUCUCUUUAACUCUCUCUUCCAUUUCCCUUACACAGUUUCUCUCUCUCUCUUUAACUCUCUCUUCCAUUUCCCUUACACAGUUUCUCUCUCUCUCUUUAACUCUCUCUUCCAUUUCCCUUACACAGUUUCUCUCUCUCUUUAACUCUCUCUUCCAUUUCCCUCACACAGUUUCUCUCUCUCUCUUUAACUCUCUCUUCCAUUCCCCUUACACAGUUUCUCUCUCUCUCUCUUUAACUCUCUCUUCCAUUUCCCUUACACAGUUUCUCUCUAUCUCUUUAACUCUCUCUUCCAUUUCCCUCACACAGUUUCUCUCUCUCUGUAACUCUCUCUUCCAUUUCCCUCACACAGUUUCUCUCUCUCUCUUUAACACUCUCUUCCAUUUCCCUUACACAGUUUCUCUCUCUCUCUUUAACUCUCUCUUCCAUUUCCCUUACACAGUUUCUCUCUCUCUCUCUCUUUAACUCUCUCUUUCAUUUCCCUUACACAGUUUCUCUCUAUCUCUUUAACUCUCUCUUCCAUUUCCCUCACACAGUUUCUCUCUCUCUGUAACUCUCUCUUCCAUUUCCCUUACACAGUUUCUCUCUAUCUCUUUAACUCUCUCUUCCAUUUCCCUCACACAGUUUCUCUCUCUCUGUAACUCUCUCUUCCAUUUCCCUUACACAGUUUCUCUCUCUCUUUAACUCUCUCUUCCAUUUCCCUUACACAGUUUCUCACUCUCUUUAACUGUCUCUUCCAUUUCCCUUACACAGUUUCUCACUCUCUUUAACUCUCUCUUCCAUUUCCCUUACACAGUUUCUCUCUCUCUCUUUAACUCUCUCUUCCAUUUCUCCUUACACAGUUUCUCUCUCUCUCUUUAACUCUCUCUUCCAUUUCCCUUACACAGUUUCUCUCUCUCUCUCUUUAACUCUCUCUUCCAUUUCCCUUACAAAGUUUCUCUCUCUCUAUUUAACUCUCUCUUCCAUUUCCCUUACACAGUUUCUCUCUCUCUCUUUAACUCUCUCUUCCAUUUCCCUUACACAGUUUCUCUCUCUCUCUCUCUUUAACUCUCUCUUCCAUUUCCCUUACAAAGUUUCUCUCUCUCUAUUUAACUCUCUCUUCCAUUUCCCUUACACAGUUUCUCUCUCUCUCUCUUUAACUAUCUCUUCCAUUUCCCUUACACAGUUUCUCUCUCUCUCUCUUUAACUCUCUCUUCCAUUUCCCUUACACAGUUUCUCUCUCUCUCUUUAACUCUCUCUUCCAUUUCCCUUACACAGUUUCUCUCUCUCUCUUUAACUCUCUCUUCCAUUUCCCUUACACAGUUUCUCUCUCUCUCUUUAACUCUCUCUUCCCAAAUCCCUUACACAA